AUGCAAAAGAAACUUUUCGCAUUUUUAAUUGUCUGCAUUGGCAUCGCCUCUGCACGAACUCUGGUCGAUCCAGACUGCGUCACAGAUGACGGUUCUUACAAAGUCGAAGUCGAAUUGAAGUCUGAGCAAAACUUGGCUACUACCGAAGAUCCUUGUGUCUUGUGUGAACAAAAGAAGGCCUCUACAGGAGUUGUUGUUCCAGCUCCUGCCAUUCAAGCUCCUUUGGUUUUGACAACUUCCACAUUCACAAACGAGCCAAACUUUGUUUCAGCAACCAGCUUUGUCCAAGUUCAACAAAAUCUCCAACAACAACGUCUCGAAGAGACCCAUUUGCGUGAACAAGAAGCUCAACUUAAAGAAAUCCAAUUGCAACAAGAACGUUUCGAACAGGAACAACUCGAAAAACAAAAAUUGGAAUUGAAGGUUCUUGAAGAAUCAGCUCUCAAGGCUCAAGAAUUGGCCAUUCAACAACAAAACUUGGAAUUGGAACAACAAAAAUUGGAUCUCUUGAAGGAACCAUGCGAAGAAGAGCAGAAAGUUGAAACUCCCGUUGUUCAAACCACCUUUGAAGCUCCAAUUGUUGUCCCCCAAACCUUCCACUAUGAAAGUUCUUAUCAAUACCAACCAUUGACCGUGGUCCAAAGAGUCGAAGAACAACGUUUGACCCUUCCAGAGACCCCUGUUGUUCAAACGAUCGUCAAACAAGAACCAACUGCCCUUGAAUUGGAACAACUCGAAAGACAAAAGCUUGAAUUGAAGACUAUCGAACAAGAACAACUUAGAACCCAAGAAAUCGCAGUUGAACAACAAAAAUUGCAACUUGCUGAACUCGAAAAACAACAAAUCCGUCUCCAACAAGAACCUGUCGUUGAAACUGUUCAACCCUCAGUCUCAGUAUUGAAAACUGAAGAACCUUGCGUCGAAACUGUCCAAACGGGCUUCGUUCAAACUGGAGUCCCUACUACGGGCUAUUAUUACCAAUAUGCUGUCGAACAACCAACCUUCAACAGAGUUGAAACCCCCGUCGUUCAAUCAGUAGUUCGUGCCCCCCUUGCUUUGCCAACCCCCCUUGAAUUGGAACAACUCGAAAAACAAAAACUUGAAUUGAAAGCUAUUGAAGAUGAACACUUGAGAGCUCAAGAACUUGCUAUUCAGCAACAAAAAUUGCAAUUGGUUGAACUUGAGAAGCAACAAAUUGAACUUCAAAAUACCAAAGCUGUUGAAACUCCAGUCGUUGAACAAACCUUCCAAUACAACACUGUUCAACAAGUUGUUGAACCAACAACCGUCAAGAGAGUUGAAGAGCCCUGUGUCACUGAAACCCCCGUGGUUCAAACAGUAGUUCGUACCGAAGAGGUUCGUGCUCCAAUUGCCUUGCCAACUGCCCUUGAAUUGGAACAACUCGAAAAACAAAAGCUUGAAUUGAAGGCUAUUGAAGCUGAGCAUCUUAAGGCUCAAGAACUUGCCAUUGAACAACAAAAAUUGCAACUUGUUGAACUCGAGAAGAAACAAAUUGAGCUCCAAAAUACUCCAGUAGUUCAAGCUUCAGCAGUCAAAAUCGAAGCACCAGUCGUUCCACAAACAAUUGUCCCUCAAACCUUCUCGUACCAAGUUGUUCAAGAACCAACUUUCAUCGAGAAGAAGGUAGCUGAACCUUGUGUUGAGGAAACUCCCAAAAUCCGCACUGAAACAAUCGUUCCCGCGGUUUCGAAUGUCUUGAGAACCGAAACUGUCGUUCGUCCAGUUCAACAAAUUAUCCGCACUGAGCCAACUUAUGUUAAAACUAUCCCUCAAUACUACUACGGAGAACAAUUCAUCCAACCUCGCUUUGAAGUCCCACAAGCCCAAUCUCUCCUUGUCAAGACUGAAGAAACAAAAACUGGCAACUCACUCAUCAUCAACGACCCCCUUUUCCGCAAAGAACUUGUCAAUCCCCCGGUCCAGAACAUCGUCCGUUCCUCCGGAAGAUAUUUGGCACAAACCCCUGGCUCCCUCCAUGUCGUUGGAUCCGGAGCUGGUCGCUUGACUGAUCCUUGCGAUCCCGUUUUGGGCGCCAACGUCGUCAUCAGCAAGUAA